AUGGUGAAAGCAUAUCUUCGCUAUGAAGCAUUAGCAUCAUUUGGUGUUAUUGCUUCUACACUCGCCAACAUUAUCUAUGAUCACACCGGAAAAAUCGCAAUUGCUCCUGCCCUUGAAGAAGUCAUAUUGUGGGAUCUCAAAAAGGGUAUCGAGGUCGGCAAAUGGAGAGAAUUUGGAAACAAAUCAGAAGUUACAUGUAUUGCCAAGAGCCCAAACAACAAAGAUUUCGCAGUUGGUUAUGGCGACGGUACAAUUCGUAUCUGGAAUAUUCAAUCCAACACAUCUACAGUGACAUUGAGUGGCCAUCGUGCUGCUGUCACUGCUUUAGCUUUCGAUAACGAUGGAACUCGUCUUGCAUCUGGAUCAAGAGAUACAGAUCUCAUCAUUUGGGACAUCAUUUCAGAGUCUGGUUUAUAUCGUCUCAAGGGCCAUAAGGAUCAAAUUACUUGUUUGGCUUUCCUGGACCCCAAGAAGAUUGAUGAUGAAACGGAAGUCGGUGUCUCCAACGAAGGCUAUGUACUUUCAUCCUCCAAGGAUACAUUGAUCAAAUUAUGGGAUCUAUCAGCACAAUAUUGUCGAGAAACACUAGUGGGUCAUCGAAGUGAAGUUUGGUCAUUUGCUGUGUCCAAGGAUCAAAAAGUCAUCAUUUCUGGUGGCGCAGAAGCACAACUCAAAGCUUGGAAGAUUGAUUGGAAGAUUUUAGGUUUAUCCUUGGAGGAACUUGGGCAGGAAGACCAGAUGCAAAUUGAUAGCGCUACACCUGCUACAUUACAAAAGGCCAUCAAUGUGUAUGGUCAGAUCCCUCGUCAGUCCCGUGAUCGCAUUGUUACCAUUCAGUUUCACCCAUCUGGCAAAUUUGUGGGUGUCCAAGCCAACGACAAGUCAGUAGAGGUGUACAAAUUGCGCGAUCAUGAAAGCAUCCGCAAGAAGAUCCAGCGUAGAAAGAAGAGAGCAAGAGAGAAGGGAAAGGACGAGGCUGAAAUCAGCAACGAAAUCGAGGCCGAAGACGAAUUUACAUCAGAAUGCUUGGUUCGCACACCUGCCAAAGUCCGUAGCUUUGAUUUCGCUCCUGUUGCAGAUGUCGAGAAGGCUGGCGAAAUCCAAAUUGUCGCUUCGCUGAGCAAUAAUACCAUUGAGGCAUACACUGUCCCUAUUACACACGAAAAGAAGGAGGACGCCGAAGCAUCACGUUUAUAUUCCAUCGAUGUGCCUGGCCACAGAUCAGAUAUCCGUACAUUGGCUCUCAGUAGUGAUGACGAGUUAUUGGCUUCAGCGUCCAGUAACCUACUCAAGGUGUGGAACAUUAAGACAAGAGCCUGUAUUCGAUCUAUCGAGUGUGGUUUUGCUCUUUGCAGUGCGUUUCUUCCUGGCAACAAACACAUCAUCAUUGGCACCAAGACGGGUGAAUUAGAACUGUACGACAUUGGCUCCUCAUCGCUGGUGGAAUCUGUCAAAGCUCACGACGGUGCAGUUUACUCGCUUCAAGUUCGUCCUGAUAAACGCGGUUUUGCUACCGGUAGUGCGGAUAAAGACGUCAAAUUUUGGGACUUUGACAUGGUGCAAGACAAGAACAGUGCUGCCAAACGACUCACUUUUAUUCACAUGAGAACACUCAAGAUGUCUGACGAAGUUUUGUGCGUGCGAUACAGUCCUGAUCAAAACCUGAUGGCCGUGUCGUUGUUGGACUCCACUGUUAAGGUGUUCUACCACGACACUCUCAAGUUCUUUUUGUCGCUGUAUGGUCACAAGCUGCCAGUGCUGUCCAUGGACAUCUCAUCUGACAACAUGUUGAUUGCUACAUGUUCGGCUGAUAAGAACGUCAAGCUAUGGGGUUUGGACUUUGGUGAUUGUCAUAAGUCGUUGUUUGCUCAUCAAGAGAGCGUCAUGUCUGUUCAAUUUGUGUGGGGUACUCACUACUUUUUCACUGUCUCCAAGGAUAAAACUGUCAAAUACUGGGAUGGCGACAAGUUUGAGAACAUCAUGAAGUUGGAAGGCCAUCAUGGUGAGGUGUGGGCUUUGGCUGUUUCCAAGCACGGCUCAUUUGUGGUGACAGGCUCUCACGAUAGGUCCAUGCGUAUCUGGGAAAAGACAGACGAGCAGCUCUUUUUAGAGGAAGAACGUGAAAAGGAGCUGGAAGAUCUCUAUGAAAACACACUGGUGAGUCAACUGGAAAAGACAGAUGUCAAUGCAGGUGACAUGGAAGUGGAUUCUGCUGGCAAACAAACCAUGGAGACACUGAAGGCCGGCGAAAGAUUGAUUGAAGCCAUGGAUAUUGGCGAUGAGGAGAAGAAUGGCUGGUUAGCAUAUGAAAAUGCCAAAUCUCGUGGUUUGCCUGGUCAGCCUCCUCAACGUCAUGCUAUUUUAAUGGCAAUGGGCGACAUUGAACCUGACAGAUACGUGCUGGAUGUGCUCAAGAAGAUCAAAGCAAAUGACAUUGAAGAAGCACUCAUGAUCUUGCCUUUCUCCAAGGUCAUGUCACUCUUUUCCUAUAUUGAAAGUUGGGCCAAAAAGAACUGGAGCAUUGUGCUGGUGUCCCGUGUGCUCUUCUCUGUCGUGAAAACACAUCACAAUCAAAUUGUUGCUAAUAGAAUGAUGCGCCCUAUGCUCGAUUCCAUUCGUUUCCACCUUCGUGCGCAAUUACAGCGUCAAAAGGAUGUCAUGGGUUACAACAGAGCUGCAUUGACAUACCUCCAACGUGAUUACAAAUCAAGGAAUACUUCUGAUUUCCUUGAUGAAAAUGCAGAUAAGCCUGCUGACGACGAGAAGAAACGUAAAUUUAUUCAAUUAGCCUCUUAG